AUGUCGUUGAAGGCUAUCUCUUCUAAAGAUGCCGCAUCCCUAGACAAAGACCUGAUGGAGAUUGGAGGAUGGUCCCUGGACCAACUGAUGGAACUUGCUGGAUUGUCUGUUUCGCAAGCAGUCCAUCGCGUACAUCCUCCAAGCGCUGGAAAGAACAUCCUAGUUGUUUGCGGCCCCGGAAAUAACGGCAAGUCAACAUCAAGAGGAGACGGUCUAGUCGCUGCUCGCCACCUCGCUCAGUACGGCUAUGAGCCAUCCGUUUAUUAUCCCAAAGAGGGCAAGAACGAGCUUUACCAGCGUCUCAAAACCCAACUCGACAACCUCUCCGUGCCAUUCAUUACCGAUUUCCCUGUCGCAAUCAAAUCUGCUGAUCUCUUAGUUGAUGCAAUUUUCGGUUUUUCUUUCGGUGGUCCCCUCCGUGACCCUUUCCCGACCAUCAUCUCUCAGAUUGAGGCAGCUUCGGUGCCUGUACUGAGCGUCGAUGCGCCCAGCUCUUGGGAUAUAGAGGGUGGUCCACCUAAGGAAGGACCUGGGUCUAAGUUUAUGCCAGAAUAUCUAAUCAGUUUAACAGCGCCAAAGCCGUGUGUGAAGUAUUACCAGGGGAGGCAUUUCCUCGGUGGUCGGUUUUUGACGAAGAGUAUCACGGAGAAGUACGGCCUGGACCUUCCCAACUACCCAGGCAUUGACCAAAUCGUGGAGGUUGGGGUUGAUGCCGAGGGAAGGCUGUAA